GAAAAUGUUCAAUCCUGACUCUUGUUCUUGUCUUUUGGGUACGGGACACAGUUUGUGGCUGUCAAGCAAUGAAGCUCGCGUGUUUGUUACUUUUUUGCAGCGUAUGGAGCGGGACUGUUCUUCUUCUGAGCAUUGCACAAAAGUUUGAUUCAAACUGGAUCAUCCAGAAAAAGCAUCGUAGCGCUUCUUCGGGAUACGAGGGUGACGAGACGUGGCACAAAGAUUCGGGCUCCUUCGAUCGAUCGAACGACGAAACGAAGGCAAAAAAACAGGUGGUGUUACCUGAAGUAGGCAUUCCUUUCUACGUUACCCCGUUACCGCACAAAAUGCUUAGCCCCCGGGUAAACGAUGGAGACCAACACGCAACCCUGCCGCCCGAGAUAAAGGAAAUCAUAAACCUGGUUAGCGAAGACAAGCCGGUUACACCCCCGACCGUCUCUGAUGUUGAGGUUCUGUGCGGCGAAAAUGACAUGGUGGUGAAAGUUAAGAAAAGGUUCUUUGGGUUUGGCUGCACGGCAUCGCAAUUGACCUUGGGGUACAGUUACGAAUGCCAAAGCAACGGAGUAGACCGAGAAACCGGGGAUCUUAUGUUCACCUACAGCUACUCUGAAUGUGGAAGCAAGCGUUCGAUGCCCGAUGGAUUGGUAGUCUACCAGAAUGUCCUUCGCUAUGUUCCCAAUAGAAAGAGAAGCUCAAUUCGAAGGGCCCAUCCGGUCAAUAUAGAAAUUGAGUGCCGUUAUCCAAGGUACCACCAUCUCCACAAGCUUGUGUUUCGCCCCACCUGGUAUCCUCCUGCUGGUAUCAAGACUCUGAAGCAGUUUGGCUUUGACCUGAUCCCAAUGAACAGUGCCUGGACUAAAGGUUCUUUGAGCAACGUGUACCAACUUGGCCAGGCCAUCCCCUUCCAGGUGAGGGGAUAUCUUCGUAAUCCGGGGCAGAAGCUUUUCAUCCACUCCUGUCAUGCAACUGCUUCUCCAGAUCCUAAGUCAACCCCCCAAUACAAUGUGAUUGACAACUAUGGGUGCAUGGUGGACAGCAAAACUGAAGCCUGCAACUCCUCGUUUGUCCCACCAAGAACUCGCGAUACAAUCAACUUUGUUGUUGAUGCUUUCCAGUUUAAUGUGAAGCCCUCUUCCAAGAUCUACCUUCACUGCGUCUUAUUUAUUGCAAACAGCCCGCUAGUGACACCAGGUGCCAAGUCCUGCACCUACAACAGAAUCAAAAAAAGGUGGGAGGAACUUGAAGGUUUCAACAGCGUCUGUACCUGCUGCAAUUCAAAGUGUGCGGGUGGAGCACUUGAGUUGCUGUCUGAAGAUCUUAAAAGUAGUGGCCCAUUACUGUUCGUGGACAAUAAGGUUAAAAAGCAGUCCAGCGUCAGCCAAAGUUCUGAUCUACUGGAUGACCAUGAAGAGACAAGCUCAUCUUCAUUAGAUCAGGAUGAUCAGAUUGCCUGGCUUAAUGCAGUGGAGAAACAUGGUGCACCUGAAGAGCCUUCAGAGGGUGCGGCUGACCCUUCUGAUGAGUGGGAUGAGUAUGAAGAGGUUCCACAGGAGGAGAAGUAUGAAGAUGUUCCACAGUCAGAGGAGCACAAUGAAACUGGCCAGUGGGAAAAUCUGAAGUGGCACUUUGACGAUGACGGGACACAAAGACCUGGAUGGGUGAAGGGUUCAGGUGCUGAUCAGAGCGAGGGAGCAGCCCAAUCUGAGGAAGCUGAACACCACAAAUGGCUUGAGGGUGAGGGAGCUGAUGAUCGGACGUGGGACGAUGUGGAAGGAACCGACUCUGACUAUGUAUCCUCUGAUGAGGAUUACCAUGACGCAAUGGAUGAGGGUGAUCUCCAAUCGGACGGUAUGGACCCCAUUGAAUGGUCUGAACACACAGACCAACUUGAUUGGGAUGGAGAUGAAGGGUAUAGCCCCUCUGACUGGGAUGAGGAUGAAGGAAUAGUACAGUCUGAAGGGGGUCUAGAAAAUGGAAAGGCUGAUGAGAAUCAAAGUAACGAGACAAUCCUAUCUGAAGAGUUUCAAGGUAAUAGAACUUCACUGUCUGAGGCCCAUACCAGGGGAGCCAACUACUCUGAAUGGGGUGCGUCUGUGGGAACUGUCCAGGAUGCUGAGAGCGCUGGUGGGUUUGGGGUCCCCCCUGGCCACCCUACGGAACAGCAGGAUGCCCCUGACGAGCUGAAAGCCAGGAUGAGGAGGAACCCUGCCCAAAGCACGUGGGGGAAGAUGCUGACUGAUAACCAGGAGUAAAGACCCCUGGAAGAAUCACUUGGCUCCUCAUUUUGGGUGGCUGAAGGAACUAUUGGCUGCACAAGCUUGAAAUUUAUUGAACUGUGCGUAACCGGAGGAAUUUGUAAAUAAACGUGUUUUGAAAACAGAA